AUGCCCGUGGCAUUAGAGCUUUAUGUCCCGAACUCCACAGCCUACAGAAGGGAUCGUGAAGAUUCCAGCGGCGACGGAGUAGUCAUUCUCGUUAAGAAUUCUAUACACACCACAUCUCAUGAACUCUCCCAUACUAUCCGUUCUCUGAAAAAGAGGAAAGCCCCUGGCGCUGACGAAAUUCAAAACGGAGUCCUCAAAGUCUUGCCGCCAAGGCACAUAACCGCACUGUGCAACGUCACAAACACCAUCAUGCGGCUUCAGUACUUCCUUUUGGCUAAAACGGGGAUUGGCGAUUGGUGUCACGUACCUUCGGAGUCUAAUCCAGCUGAUGCUUUGUCUAGAGGUCAACUACCGGAAGAGUUUCUGCGCAACGAAACGUGGAGUGAAGGUCCUUCGUGGUUAAGGAAAAAGGAGGAUGCAUGGCCCAAGACAGUCAUAUCAGUGACAGAUGUUUUACCAGAGACGAGGAAAAUAAGUUGGUUUGUUACUGGAAAUGCAGAUUUUCUUCAUGAUUUCUCGUCAUUUACCAGGUUGAAACGAGUUGUGGCAUACUGUUUGCGUAUGAGACCCGGAACCAAUCGCAGCGGCGGUUUACGACCUGACGAAUUGGCUUACGCUGAGAAGACCAUACUGAAGUUCGUACAAACGUCAUUAUCAAGCGAGAAGGUAGACGAAAUCACAAAAAGGAAGCCUGGGAAACCAAUACACAAACGGUUACUGGCCCUUAAUCCCUUUGUCGAUCAUGAAGGAAUAAUGCGUGUAGGAGGUCGCCUGAAAAAUGCAAAUAUUUCCUAUGCGCAGCAGCAUCCAAUAUUAUUACCUCGGUCGCACCAUGUGACUGAUCUCAUAAUUCGAGAUUAUCACACUUACAACUUUCACGCUGGUAUCCAGACAACUCUGUACAUGAUGCGACAAAAAUAUUGGGUUCUAGAUGGACGCAAUCAAGUCCGUAAAAUUAUAAGAUCAUGUGUUCGUUGCUUCCGAGCGAACCCGCCAGACACAAAAUAUGUCAUGGGAGAUCUUCCAGGAGUUAGAGUUACACAAGCCCGACCGUUUGCCAACGUUGGCGUUGAUUAUUGCGGUCCAUUCCUGAUAAAGCAGAAGAAGCAUCGAAACACAACCUUCGUAAAAUCAUAUGUGGCGGUCUUUGUCUGCUUAGCCGUAAAGGCCGUACAUUUAGAGGUCGUUAGUGAUUUGACCACCGAAGGUUUCAUCGCUGCCCUAAGACGAUUCAUUGCCCGUCGGGGAAAGCCUAUAUCUAUCCACUCUGACAAUGGCACAAACUUCAUUGGCGCUCGGAAUGAGUUAAAGGAACUUUACAAUCUGUUCCAAACAUCCGCGCAUCAAGAAAGAACGGCGAGGUUUCUCAGCGAUCAGGGUAUUAAUUGGCAGUUCAUACCCCCAUUAUCUCCCCAUUUCGGCGGUUUAUGGGAGGCUACUGUCAAAUCGUUUAAACAUCACUUAAAACGCGUGGUUACUGGCCCAAUCUUCACAUUUGAAGAAUUUAAUACUCUAACUAUCGACAUCGAAGCCAUUAUAAAUUCUCGACCGCUUUGUCCCAUGUCCAAUGAUCCUAAUGACCUUCUGGUCCUUACCCCAGGUCAUUUCCUUAUCGGCGACAUUUUAACGAGCUUGCCGGAAGGCGAUUACUCACACAUCCCAACUAAUCGCUUGUCCAGAUGGCAACACAUCCAGAAGGUCCGCCAAGACUUCUGGGCACGUUGGCAUAAAGAAUAUCUCAAUGAACUGAACAUCCGUCACAAGUGGUCUACUGGUCAUCACUCCAUCAAAGAUGGCACCAUUGUUUUAAUCAAAGAAAACAAUGUCCCAUCUAUGCAUUGGACAGUCGGAAGAGUUGUGAAGACGUAUCCUGGUGCUGACGGGAUUGUUCGAACUGUUUCUGUGAAGACUGCGACAAAAAAUUUCAGUCAAAUAGCACACCCCCUGCACACGACCACGCACAAGGACCCCGGGUUUGUGUGGGAAGACGAACAAGAAAAUCCAUUCCAAGCCCUAAAGAAAAAACUCUGCACCGCACCCGUUUUGGCACAUUACAACCCUAGAAAGGGUUGCGAACUCCGAUUCGAUGGAUGUCAAAUUAGAAUAGGGGCAGGAAACAUAGCCCAAGACAAAUAUCAGGAACGGGCUUACAUCAAUGCAAACCUUAUCAUAACAAGCUCUGUUACAUACCCCGAUUUUCCGCUGAUUCUAUACAGGGACCUAAAUGCGCGAAGAAAUUAUAUGAAGGAACAACCGUAG